GCUGGCUGCUGGCUUGUCGUUGGCUGGCUGAAACUGCUGCACAACCUGUUUGUUGAUCGCUCUACGUGAGCUUAUUAACACCCCGAGUUUAAUAUAAGCCGGGUUGAUUUCUCAGGGGACUUUAAGUUUCCGUCGGCAAGAAGAGAUAGCUAGCUUUCUGACAGUGGGCACAAAAACAUAACGACUAUGUCGUAAGCUUGUAUUGGCGACGGAAUUAAAGUGAGAAGACGCUUUUCAAAUGUAGCUUGUUAGCUAACGUUAGCUGCGUCGCGUACAGUGUAUGUACACACUGCCUUUUUUUUCUGCUCUUGAACAGCCUCUGCAUGACAAAUUAUCCAAAGUGGUAAGUACAGAUACGGCGCAAAACAACGGUUGUUUUGUUGAAAAACGGGUCAAGAAUAUUGCCUGGUUGUCAAUCCUCUACCCCCGGGGCUAACCCCCGGUCGCCGACCGAAUUAAUGGCCGGAAAUCCGAGGAAGGGCGCCGGUCUCAUCGGCUUGAUGAAGGACGCCUUUCAGCCCCACCAGCAGCCUCUCCAGCCUCACCAACCUGCAGUGGUCGAUAAGAAAAUGGUGGAGAAAUGCUGGAAACUCAUGGAUAAGGUGGUGCGUUUGUGCCAGAACCCCAAGGUGGCUUUGAAGAACAGUCCCCCCUACAUCCUGGACCUGCUGCCAGAUACCUACCAGCAUCUACGCACCGUUUUGUCCCGAUACGAGGGCAAAAUGGAGAUCCUUGGGGAGAACGAGUAUUUUCGCGUGGUCAUGGACAACUUGACCAACAAGACUAAGCAGACCAUGAGCCUUUUUAAGGAGGCCAAGGAGAGGAUGUAUGAGGAGAACUCCCAGCCCAGGCGGAACCUCACCAAGCUGUCUCUGAUCUUCAGUCACAUGCUAGCGGAGCUAAAAGCCAUCUUCCCCAAUGGCUUAUUUCAGGGAGACAACUUCAGGAUCACCAAAGCUGAUGCUGCCGAAUUUUGGAGGAGGUCAUUUGGGGACAAGACCAUAGUGCCAUGGAGG